CACGACCAACAUUCGGUCAUUCUUUCUUCACGCUACAUUGAUGCUGUCUAUAUGAUGUCGGCGAGAUGAUAUUCUUUCUUAUUCGGCUAAAUUCAAUUAAUUCUUUGUCAUAAAUGCGUAAUAUUGGCUACAGUAAUGACGUGAACAUAUUCUUUUCAAUUGGUUUUUUUGUUCGAGUAUUUCGAAAUGUGCAUAUGUUGAACCUAAAAAUAUUCCAAUAUGAUUAGGAAAGUGAUUUGUUGCUGUAUUGUUUCGAUCCUAGUUUCAGAUUUUUGUCAAGGAUUCAAAACUCUUGUUCCCAUCAGAUCUUACGCAAGACGAAAAGUUCAGAAAGUGGCUAGAAAUGUUGAAAUUUCAACCAAUAGAUCAUCGAUAGAAAACGCUACAUUAGCACUCAACAAUUUUCCAACGAUUGUCAGAGAAAGAGUUGGCAUACAGAAUGACGAAAGUGGAGGUCCCUGUGCCGAUUACAGACCCGGAGAAGAUGACCUGCAAGCUUUCGAUUUCAUCAGAAAAUUCCAAAUAGAUCUCUUCGAAUCAAGAUUCGUCGGAAUAUCUCGUAUCAGAGGAUCAAAUCUACUACAAACCGCGUAUAGGCUCGAAAAAGAGGCAGAUUUAGUGUUACCAACGAGGACAAUGUUUCCGCAAGGAUUACCUGUCCAGUUCUCGCUGGUGUUCACCUUUCGUGUCAGAUACGCUAUGAAAAAUCCAUGGUGUAUGUUGAGAAUUACCGAUUCCAGAUUGUAUAUUAAUUUACAAAUUUUAUUUAAUCCUGUCGAAGAAUCUAUGAGCUUUUCCAUUAUAAACUACGAAUCUCAAUUAAAUACAGUCGUUUUUCCUGGCGUUUCGGUUUUCGAUAAAAACUGGCAUAAAAUCCAUGUUAGCGUUUUCUACGAAGGCGUAAGAUUAUAUAUCGAUUGUAAAGAAUCUGCUUAUGGAGCAUUGCAGCCGAGAGGUAACAUCGAAACUGAUGGAAAUAUUACAUUGGCUAGAAUGCAAAAUGAAAAAGUUACUGCUCCGAUCGAUCUUCAAUGGAUGAUUAUGAGCUGUGAUCCUAAUAGAAUUAGAAGAGAUUCCUGCGAUGAGUUACCGGCAAUUAUUGCGAAACCCGACUGCCCUUUGCUUAAUAAUAAAUGCUCCGGAAGAUGUCCAGCAGCUGGAAAUUGUACACAGGGACCGAUUGGCCCACCCGGAAUACCAGGACCAGUUGGACCUCCCGGAUUUCCUGGACCUCAAGGAUUACCUGGAUUUGGGGGAAUACCUGGACUUCCUGGAGAAAAAGGAGAGCGAGGAUUCCCAGGACCUCUUGGUUUAGAAGGUUUGACAGGUAGUCCUGGUCCAAUUGGUCAGAAAGGAGAAUCGGGUGAAAGAGGAGCGAAAGGAGAUCAAGGAGAACGCGGUGAACAGGGAUACCCGGGGGCUGAGGGAUUACCAGGACCGCAGGGUCCUCCAGGAUUCGCUAAUGGCAUUCCAGGUCCUCAGGGACCUCAAGGAAUUGAGGGGCCAAUAGGACCACAAGGUUUUCAAGGAGCACCUGGUGAAACUGGUUCAAAAGGAGAGAAAGGUGAACGAGGACCUCAGGGACCUCCCGGAGCUGUUAUUCCUGUUGAAGUUGGAAACUGUACUUCAUGUAGUCCUGGACUCCCCGGAUAUCCUGGAUUAGCGGGUGAGAAAGGAGAAAAGGGAGAAGCUGGUUUUAAAGGAGAACGAGGAGAAUUAGGCUUCACUGGAGCUAAAGGUGAACCAGGAAAUGAUGGUAACGAUGGAUUCCCAGGACAACCAGGUUUGAAAGGAGAGCCCGGAAUUAAUGGGCUGGCUGGUGUUCCUGGCCCUCCCGGCUUUAUUGGACCUCAAGGAGUACCUGGACCUCCCGGAAGCGAUGGAUUGCCAGGAACUAAGGGCGAACCUGGUCAAGAUGGUAGACCAGGAGGUGCUGGAAUCAUUGUACCCGGUCCUGUUGGACCUAAAGGAGAACCAGGUGAACAAGGUUUAGAGGGCCCUCCCGGUCCCAGAGGAGAAAGAGGAGAAAACGGCAUUCCUGGCCCACACGGUAUACCAGGAUCACCUGGUAAAGAUGGUUUCCCUGGAACUGAAGGAGAAAUGGGACCAAUUGGACCAAAAGGAGAUCAAGGGUCACAAGGUUUUCCAGGUCCUCAGGGCUCAAUCGGAAAAGAAGGCCCACCUGGAGCACCAGGAACACCAGGCUAUAAAGGAGACCCGGGAGAAUCUGGACCGCAGGGACCUGUUGGUCCGAGAGGAGUUUCUGGACCUGCGGGUACCCCUGGUUUUCCUGGAAUUCAAGGCCCUCAAGGCAAUCCAGGAUUGGAAGGGAAACCAGGACCUCCGGGUCCUUCUGGACCAGCUGGGCCGCCUGGAGAACCGGGCACUUCGCAUGUGACUACGUCAAAGGAUGGAGAAUCUGUACCGGGUCCUGCUGGUCCUAGAGGUCUACCCGGGCCUCCGGGAGUGCCAGGUGAGAGAGGGGCGUCUGGAGAGAGGGGACCUGAAGGUCCUCCUGGCUUACCCGGAGUGCCUGGAAAAGAUGGACAGCCGGGAUUUCCUGGACCACCUGGAGGCAGAGGCCAGCCAGGUCCUCAAGGCAACCCCGGAACUCCUGGAAGAACUUACACCGAAUCUGAUUUAAAGGAUAUUUGUUACGCUGUUUUAAGAGAACAACUAACCGAACUCACUGCCACUUUGAUCGGUCCUCCUGGACCACCUGGGCCUUCAAAACAAGGCAAACCUGGACCACCUGGCCCGCACGGACCUCAAGGCGAUCCUGGUCCACCAGGACAAGCAGGCGAAAGAGGAUUCCCAGGAUCACCGGGUAUACCUGGUUCACCUGGUCCUACUGGUCAGCGAGGAGAAAGAGGUGAUAAAGGAGACCGAGGAAUAGAAGGCGUUGGAAUUGAGGGUCCUAUGGGUCCUCGUGGACCUGAAGGACCUCCUGGAUCGCCCGGUGUUGGCUUACCUGGUCGCGUAGGAGACAGAGGCGAACCAGGAAAACCAGGUAUUCCUGGACAUCCUGGAAAUCCUGGUCCACAAGGCCCUCCUGGUUUCUGCGAAUAUUGCAAUUAUGUUAAUCCGGUCAGAGGAUACCCUAGUAAUACGAAAAAAGGACCGUAAAUAAAUUUUUGGAUAUUAUUUGUGAUGUUUUAAUACUAUUGGUGAUGGUUGUUA